AUGUUUUCUCACAAGACUUCCAGAAUCAAGCAAUUCUUGGCCAAGAAACAAAAGCAAAAUCAUCCUAUUCCUCAGUGGAGUCAGACAAAAACUGGUAAUAAAAUCAGGUACAGCUUUAAGAGAAGACACUGGAGAAGAACAAAGCUAGGUCUGUAA